GAAUGCCAACAACAAGGAAACAGAAGGUUAUGACUCAAUCAGUGAAGUCAAUCCAAAGUAUAAAUUAGCUGAUAGCAAGUGCACAUACCUGUACACUUGUAUUCUCUGACACGGGCUGAGCGUUACUGGAAGCAAUGGCUCUUGGGACAAGUGUGUGCUUUGUGAUGCUGCUGAGUCUGGUUGUUAAAGAGUCACAUGCACAACUGAAUGUGUGUGGUCAGGCUCCUCUUAACACCAGGAUAGUGGGGGGAGAGAACGCACCCCCGGGCAAUUGGCCCUGGCAGGCUAAUCUGCUGCAGACUUUUCAGACAUAUCAGAUCAUGUGUGGAGGAUCCCUCAUCAACAGUAAGUGGGUGCUCUCUGCUGCCCACUGCUUCUCCAGCACAGAUACAGCCAACUGGAAUGUUUAUCUGGGGCGUCAGCAGCUAUAUGGUACAAACCCAAAUCAACAAGUCAAAACCCUCAGUAGAAUCAUUAUUCAUCCACUAUACAGCAAUAAAACAUUUGACAAUGACCUCGCUCUGCUGGAACUCAGCACGACUGUGACCUUCACCAACUAUGUCCAGCCUGUCUGCCUGGCAGCCAGCAGCAGCACCUUCUACAAUGGCACUGAGACCUGGGUCACAGGCUGGGGAGAUGUUAACUAUACUGUGUUCCUCCCCUCACCUGGCACCCUACAGGAAGUACAGAUACCAAUAGUUGGAAACAAUAUGUGUAAUUGCCUGAAUGGGAAGGGCAUCAUCACAGCCAACAUGAUCUGUGCUGGUCUGCUAGCAGGAGGAAAGGACUCAUGUCAGGGAGAUUCAGGAGGCCCCCUGGUGGUCAAACAGGGGUCUGUUUGGAUCCAGGCUGGGAUUGUGAGUUUUGGCUAUAAAUGCGCCCCGCCCAAACACCCUGGGGUCUACACCAGAGUGUCUCGUUAUCAGACCUGGAUCAAUUCCAUCAUCACCAACAACCAACCAGGAUUUGUGACAUUUACUUCCAGUGGGUUGGACAGUGACAACAGCACCUCCUGCAGUUCGUCACCGUCCAUUGCCAUAACUCCAAGCACUCCCACCACCACAACCACCACUGCCAAGCCGGAUGUAUGUGGUCUCGCCCCACUGAACAAUGGCGGGAGCAGUGGGUCCGUAGCAGCAGGGAUGUGGCCCUGGCAGGUCAGCCUGCUGAUUAAUGGAGUCCAAGUCUGUGGCGGCACUCUCAUCUCACAGAGAUACGUCAUGAGUGCAGCCCAGUGCUUCAACAGCUCAGUGACCAACAUCAGCCAGUGGACAGUGGUUCUGGGUAUGAAUGUGUCACUUGGGGUGACUAACAUCAGCCUGAGCAGCCUGACAGGCGCUAACAUCGCUUUGCUCCGCCUGGCCACAAGUGUGACCCUGACCAACUACAUCCAGCCUGUGUGCCUGGACUUGAGCAAUACCGUAUUCACCAGUGGGGCAAAGUGCUGGGUGACAGGAUCAAGCAGUGUUCAGGGCGGAGGCCAAAGUCUUCAGCAGCAGGAGACGGCAGUGGAAAACUGUGCAACCACCUCUACUAACCAAAUCUGCACUGCAGCUCUAAGCUCACUGACGGGGUACGCAGGGGGGCCUUUGGUUUCAAAGAGCAGAGGAUCAUGGUUCCAGGGUGCAGUGAUAAUGACAGGUACCUCCAGCACACGUGCGGCAUCGCAGCAGGUCUUUACCACGAUGUCUGCGUUCCGCACUUUCAUUGAAGAUGUAGUGGGCCUGUUGCCACAGCCCAGCAGAGCAGGACAGCACUUCUCUGCCCUCCUCAGCCUCACCCUCCCCCUCCUCUCCCUCUCAUUGAUGUCACUCUGUGGCCACUGACAUCCUCAACUGUUUUAAUCAGCACUGUUUCUGUAACAUUAAAAUAAAAUUACAGGCUUAAUCUAACAGUUUAGUUUCUAAAAGUACCUUGUGGUCUUGUUUAUUCUUUUGAAAAUUUAAAAGUAAAUUUAAAUGAAAAAAUAUUUGUUAAUAAUCAAGACAAACCUGGCUAUAAUAAAGGCAUUAACACAUUACGGUCACAUUCAUACAGUAGUUAGAUUUAACUCAUUGUAAUUGAAAGUGCAAAAUUCCGUUUCUGUCAUUACCUUACUACUAUUGACUUUUAGCUUAUGAAAUUAAGACAUGUGAAAGAAAUAUUUAUAUGAUUUAUAAUGCAUUGUCUUUACCUCUGCUUCAUGUUCAAUCAUGUAUAAUCACAUAUAUAAUAAGGUAAUACUUUAUAUAUCAAUUAAAUAUUGAUUUCAAAUGAUUAUAUGCUAUAUUCUGAUUUUCAUUAAUCAUUAAUCAGCACCAUUUCUGUAACAUAAAAACAAAUUUACAGGCUGAUUGACAAAAAGCAGCUCAGUCUAACAGUCGAGUUUCAUUUACACUUUUAAAACUUUAAAAGUUACUGUUUGUAUUAAAAAUAUUAAUAAUGAAGAUAAACCUGGCUGUACUGAAGGUACUAACGCUUUAGGGUAACAUUCAUAGUCAGAUUUAUAACUGGAUAUUUAAUUGCACAGAAACUAUCUGCAAAAUUUUGCUUCUGUCAUUAUCUUACUACCAUUGACUUUCAGUUUAUGAAAUGUAAGACAUCUGAAAGAAAUAUUACCCCUACUUCAUGUUCAAUCAUGUAUAAUCAAAUAUACAAUAAGGUAAUACUUUAUACAUCAAUUAAAAACUGAUUUCAA